CGAAUCUAGAAUCGAUAGGGCAAGCCGAUUGUGCCCCACCAGGGAUUUGAAUUAUACUCCCGAAAUGUGGGCUCGACACAAGGCACCAGGUCGGCAUAUUCAGCAUUUGUUUACAGUCUUUGGGUGCGCAUCAUUUCAGCGUCUCAUCUUUCCGGAUCUUUUCUUGACUGCCUCUGUUGCUGCGGGACUCACGUACUACAACGUAUUCUUCGGAGGAGCCGACCCAUUUGCUUUCGACACUACUGCUUUCACGAGUUGCUCAAUGGGAAUUUCCGUCCUGGCUGGUUUUCGAUUGAAUUCUAGCUAUGGUCGUUUCAACGAGGCACGAAGAAUUCUGGGUCAAGUUAACAACUCGUCUCGCAAUCUCAUGGGUCAGGCAUGUAUGUUUCUAAACGAAAGAAACAUGCAACGAAUGAAAAGGCUCCUGAAGGCAUAUUCUGUAGCGUUGCAUUUCCACCUCAACACAAAGGGAGGUCACUUCCGACUGAAAAGCACCGAUCCUGAAACGAAAGGAAAGGUUAAUGCAGCUUAUAGAGAUGAGAUGAGAGAAAUAUUCCUUCCUGCCAACGAAAAUCUUAGUGGCAUCGAUACAAAAAUAGUGGCCGAUGCAACUGCUGACUUUGACAUAAUCUGCAAGGCAUAUGAAUCCGGAUCCCAUGUGCCAUUGUUGCUUUCCUCGUUCAUGCGCAAAAUCAUUAUCGACCAUGAAUCAGAUAAUGACCCCAGAUAUGUCGUUGCAAUGACAGAUGAAGUUUCAAAUCUUGUAGAUUGUUUAGGUGGUUGCGAGCGCAUACUACGGACCCCAAUCCCUGUAAGUACGGUACAUUCGCGGGGUUUCGUGACGAAAAUUACUGGAAACUUGUGUCCCCUCACUGAUGGCUCUCUACUCUUAACCUUCACAAUGCGAACAAUAUUAGACCACUUAUACCACUAAUACAAGCCGGCAAGUACCUCUGAGUUGAAUCCUCCGAAGUAUAGACCUUUUGCCACCGGUACUAACAUUUUUGUUUUCAUUGAAUUGACGAUGCAGGUUAAUGAGUUUAUGGAGUCUAACUCUUCCACUUGGAUUGUACCCUUUGACCGGGCCAGAAUGGACACUUCCCCUUUCUGUUGUUCUCUCCUACGUUGUGUUGAGCAUAGAAGAUGUAGGUGUGGAGAUCGAAGAGCCAUUUCACGUUUUGCCAUUUCGACAAUACACCGAGGGUACGUACUGCAGUGAAUACGUCUACAUUCUACUCUAUUUAUAACGCAAACUCGUAAAGAGAAAAUGAGAGAAUAUUGAAUUUGCAUUGUCUUCUAACCUGCCCUUCCCUCAAUCAAUCGAUCUUGGUACAGGGACGGCUGACUCGUUAGACGCGAUUGAGAAAGCCUAUGGUCUCUGUCCGGAGAAUCUAUCCAAUUCGUGAACAAGGAAUGAACUUGCUGGGUCACUCAAUAAAUGCUCCUGAUGAGA